GCCCUCCGGACGCUGGCCUGUGGAGCGCUAUGGAAGCACAAGACGGAGCGCUCCGGGGUUUGGGAAGGGCCCACCCUCGGAAGCGUCCCAGCUGGGCCAACCGAGGUUGUGCCCGCAGAGAUGCUGGGUCUGCUAUCCAGCAACGGCAGGACUCAGAGGCAGGGCAGGGGAGAACGAGGGUUUUGCCAAGCGUUGGCUCCGGCCUCAGCCUCUGGGAUGCUGGAUGACGGACAUGGAGGACCAGCCAAACCCUGCGCGUCCCCGGCUCUGCCCAGACCGCACAAAGGGCCCCAGCCGGCCUCCCGCAGUUUCCUCACCUGUGCUUGGCGGCCGACCCUCCGAACCCACAGCGCCACCGGGAGAAGCCCUGCGCUUCAAGAGAGACGACAAGAAGAUGCUACAGCCCCACGGGCGCUAACUGCUCCAACUCCACCGCCGCCGGGGACUCCAGGUUGCCGAGGAGCCCAAGUAGAAGAAAUAUGGAGUUUAGAGCCUGAGAAUUUUGAAAAAUUAAAGCCAGUUCAUGGGUUAAUUUUUCUUUUCAAGUGGCAGCCAGGAGAAGAACCAGCAGGCUCUGUAGUUCAGGACUCCAGACUUGACACAAUAUUUUUUGCAAAGCAGGUAAUUAACAAUGCUUGUGCUACCCAAGCUAUAGUAAGUGUGUUAUUGAACUGUACCCAUCAAGAUGUCCAUUUGGGAGAGACAUUAUCAGAAUUUAAAGAAUUUUCACAAAGUUUUGAUGCAGCUAUGAAAGGUUUGGCACUGAGCAAUUCAGACGUGAUCCGACAAGUACACAACAGUUUUGCCAGACAGCAAAUGUUUGAAUUUGAUGCAAAGACAUCAGCAAAAGAAGAAGAUGCUUUUCAUUUUGUCAGUUAUGUUCCUGUAAAUGGAAGAUUGUAUGAAUUAGAUGGAUUAAGAGAAGGACCAAUUGAUUUAGGUGCAUGCAAUCAAGAUGACUGGAUCAGCGCAGUGAGGCCAGUCAUAGAAAAAAGGAUACAAAAGUACAGUGAAGGCGAAAUUCGAUUUAACUUAAUGGCCAUUGUGUCUGACAGAAAAAUGAUAUACGAACAGAAGAUAGCAGAGUUACAAAGACAACUUGCUGAGGAGGAACCCAUGGAUACAGACCAGGGUAGUAAUAUGUUAAGUGCUAUUCAGUCAGAGGUUGCCAAAAACCAGAUGCUUAUUGAAGAAGAAGUACAGAAACUAAAAAGAUAUAAGAUUGAAAACAUCAGAAGGAAGCAUAAUUACCUGCCUUUCAUUAUGGAAUUAUUAAAGACUUUAGCAGAACACCAACAGUUAAUACCACUAGUAGAAAAGGCAAAAGAAAAACAGAAUGCAAAGAAAGCACAGGAAACCAAAUGAAGACGACGCUUUGGGAUGCAUACAUAUUUCUGCUUCUGCACUUAUUUUCAUGGAAACCAUUAAGUAUAAAGAACUUUGAGCAACAUUCUAAUUGAUUCAAUGCACGUUUGGCAAUAGUACCAGUCUGUCUUGUCUUUAAUGCAUGGAUUCCUUCCUAGCCUGCAUCAUGUGCAUGUAGUGCAUAUUAAAUAAAAGUGAUAUUAAGAGUG